AUGAAAGACAUCAAUUUCAUCCCCCCGUCAGACAUUCAAAUUUUUCCCAAGGCCAACACAUCUCGCUCGAGGUCCAUCAUCAUCAUCAUGCGCGUCUCGCUUCUCAUCGCUGCCGCCACGGGCGCCUUGGCUCUCCCUCGCCCAGGCGGCGAGGUCCAGCCCCAGCCCAUGCAGAAGCGCUCGCCGUACAAGGACACGGACAAGGAGGUCGCGGACCUCCCGCCUCUCCUAGGCGAGGCAAGCAAGCACGUCGACAAGGUUGUGGGCGCGCUCCCACUCUUGGGCGGGCGCUCCCCCGAGCCUGAUUCCGGCCGUGAGCUCUCCAAGCACGGCUACUACACCGACACCGACCGGCUCGUGGAGAAGAAGAAGCGCUCGCCGUACAAGGACACGGACAAGCAGGUCGCGGACCUCCCGCCACUCCUAGGCGAGGCAAGCAAGCACGUCGACAAGGUUGUGGGCGCGCUCCCGCUCUCCCGGCUUGACUACGUGAAGCACGACCAGCUCACGGAGAAGCGCUCGCCGUACAAGGACACGGACAAGGAGGUCGCGGACCUGCCGCCGCUGCUGGACCUCCCGCUCCUAGACGAGACAGUCAAGCACGCCGACGAGAUCGUGGCCGCGCUCCCGCUCGUAGGCACGCGUGGCACGGGCAGGGAGCUGUCUGGAGAAGGGUACCACACGCAGGUCGUCGGCGCCGCGCAGGGCAGGAAGCGCUCGCCGUACAGGGACACUGACAAGAUUGUGGCGGGCCUCCCGCUGGGGCUGGUUUCCGACAUCCUCGGCGAGGACGAGGACUAG